GGUCUCGCGGAGGGAAAGGAUGAUGGGAAAUACCGGCAGGAUCCAGGAAAGGAGGAAACCAAAGCAAUUGAUUGGCAGGCAGUCUAUUGUUUUCACUUACUUUUUGGGGGUAGGAUCCAUUGACUGGCUGAUCCGCCUCUAUCAAGUACCUGAGUGGUCUGACAGUAAACAAUUGCACCAUGAUUGUCUCGUUUCGUUGUUGUUUUCUCCAAGUGCUGUUUUUGGCAGCAGUGGUAUCAUGGCAUUGCUGUCUGGCUUCUUCGACGCUUCGAGGAGGAGCUGCAACUGUCGUUGACAAGGAAGAAAGCACUACUACUAGUACUAGUACCGGUAGCACUGUUAGUAGAGAGCUGCUGACUCAGUUUGAAAUCAUUCCCAAAGAAGACCCCAACUCUUUUCAAGCAUUUGCAGCUGUUCAUGGGGGAAAGGAAGAGCCUGUUCAUGCACAAGAAGACAUUAAUAAGGAAGAAGAAUCCAAAGAUGAAGAGUGGAAAGAAGAUGUGGGAGCCUUUGAACAGCCAAAGCCACCUGAGGAAACUGCAGAAGACAAACCCAAACCACCGGAAGAUAAUGAGACAGCAGAAACAGAAAAGGAGGUAGAAAAGGAACCGGAAAAGGAGGAACCUGCUACUGGUAGCACAGCACGUACAGGCUCAGACAUUCCCAUUGGUCCUUUCCAACUCAAGCUUCACUGGACUCCUCGCUCUUGUUGGAAUGAUGACUGCGAGACCGAACAACACUGGUGUAUGCAAUGUGAAGGAUUCUACUGCAACUGGGGAGACAUUGUGUGGGUAGAACCGUGUAGACCCGACAGACCACCACAACAGCUCUUCUAUUGGAUACCCAUUCCACUCAUCUACGUAGGAGGAGCCGACGCGGUGGUCGUGGAUACUAGUACCAUUGCGAGACAACAACCACCAGAAGAAGAAGACAUAGAAGAGGAAGAAGAAGGAACACCGCAUUAUUUCCCUGGACAAGCCCAUGGCAGUCGCACAUGGGGACAAUUGCAAAUGAGGACCAAGGAGUGGUGGCCCACGGGUUUUGGAGAUGGAUCCUUCUAUCAAGUCAAUGUCUUUUUGUGCCUCGAACGAUGGGCCACACGACGAUAUUUCUUGGCAUAUUGUAGCUUUGAACGACAUCAGCAAUGGUUCCAUGGGAUGGACCCCACACAACCCUUUGAACUUUAUGCACCACCUCUCUUGGAUACUACUAGUAACGCCAAUGACGAACCAGAACCACCCGUGCCACGUACCGACAAGUGCGUCAAGAUGCACCAUCAUCCACGCAAGUUUGAAGAAAUCAUUCAUACCACUUGUGAACAGGCACGAGAAGUUCGGACCAACAUGUGGGAAACCGUCAUGGGAGCAUCCGCACAAGAGGAGGUCGUCGAUACUACUACUACUACUACCGACACGUUAAUGACAACGUUGGAGAAUGGUACUGUGAUUGAAUCGGCUAUGGAGCAGCAACCAGAGGAAGAAGAAUCCGACAAUUUUGAGACGUUUGAUCCGCAAGAAUACUACCGGUUGGGUGAUGCACGUAGAGACCCCAGGUGUCGUCCUGAUGCUCAGUGUGGCGUGUGUGAGGGCCAUUGCAGGAAUAACGACGAAUGUGCGGGAUCAUUGGAGUGCUUUGAAAGAGACAGGAACAACCCUGACGAAACUCCACCGGGGUGUUUUGGACCUGGGGUUCCCCGUAUGGACUACUGCUAUGCACGCCCAGGCAAUUGAUUCCUUGAAAAGAAUUGGGGGAUUGCAAUCUGCAAUCUGACGUUGCAACUUCUUGUGUGGAUCUGUACCUCUCGCAUGAGGUUUCAUCCUUCCCAAUCAACUGCAAUUGCUGCAUUGAGAUACAGCUUCUUCUCGACACCCCUCGCCACGACGCGUGCGUUUGCACCCAUGCAGCCCAGCUGCUAGCUAUCCAGUUGUGGCCAGCUGGAAUCAUUCGAGAACAGAUUAUCAUCAAUAGCUCUAUUUGAUUGACUACAUCGAUAAUAGCUAACUUGUAUAUGACUAUUAUUGUCCGCGCACAGAAC